UUGAACUUUUGAACUAAUCCUCUUUUCCAGCUUCAAGCGUUUCUCAUUUCUCCCAAGCUCAACGUCAAUACUCUGAAGUCGAAAUCGCUAUGGCAUUCCCCAAUCGCCUCCUCACUCGCUCAACAUGGCACCUCGUUGGCCUUGGCCUCACAACCACUUUCAUGGGUCUGGGCGCCCUGGCCUUAUUCGCACCACCCACUGCUGCAGAUUCUCUUGGCGUCACGCCCACCACCUCUGAAGGCCGAACCAUAACCGAAAAAUCAAUGGUAUUUCUCGGUAUACGUGAUGUGGCCGUUGCAGUCGCGAUGUUUUGGUUCCAUGGUGAAGGAAAGACUAAGGAAAUGGGAGUUUUGACGACAGCGUGGACUCUCGUGUGUGUGACGGAUACAUGGGUUGCGAUGCAGGGCCCAAGAGGAUGGGACAAGGGGAUCUGGGUUUUAUGGGGUGGAGCGGCAGUUGUUGCGUUUGCGGGGCUGGGAAUGCUCCAGACGUCAGGAUAAUGGGUUGUUGACU